AUGAACACAAUCAUCUGCAUCGUUAUCUUUGCCGGUGUAGUUCUGAGCGCUCCUGGUGCGAAGGAAGAUAAACGUCAUCGGGGACAUCAUGGAGACCUCGAGAACUCAUUGCUACCACCGUUCCUUGAAAACGUGACCAGAGAAGCGCGGAAGGAGUACUUCAAGAUCAUAUUCAGCAAGAAUGAGACAAUCCGCGAACAGAAGAAAGAAGUACUCGAAUGGGCUGAGAAGAACAACGUUACGGUGAGAAUUUCUAGUUUCGGUGAGAAAAAUUAG